CAUUAUAGUUAAAUAGUUCAGUUAUUAGUGUUUUUAAGUGAGCGUUUAUCCUAUUUUGUUAAAAAUGAAUGUUACAAUCACAGGAAUUUGUUACAAUGCCAGUUGAAUUUUAAUAAGUUUAAUUAUGUCUAUUAAUGUGCAUGUUAAUGGUAAUCCAAUUAGCAUAAAAAGGGGCAAAAUGGUGACAUCGGAUUUUGACCAGUGUAAAAAGGAGUUCGAGCAGAGACGUCUCAUGCGUUUGGAACAAGUAAGACAGCAAUCAAAGGAUAUAGCCGAAGGCCUUCGAAAUAAAGUUAAAAAGGAGAAAAAAAUGCAAAAGAAAGAAAUAGAAGAAGAGGGUAAGCAAAAAUUAAAAAAUUGGCAGACCAGGAAACUAUUAGAAUUGCAAAAUCAAUAUCAAGACGCGCUGAAGGAACUUGGAGUAGGGCAUAAAGCUGCACAAACUAUAGGAGACGAAACUCAGUUUCUUGCAGAGCAAGAACAGAUUAAUCAAAAAACAGCUGCUAAACGGAACAAAGUAGCUAGCGGGAAAUUGUGCGAAGAUAAGGUUAGAGAAGAAGUAGAAAAAGCAAGGUUGAUUGAACGCAAAAAGCUCGCAAGAGAAAUGGAGAGCGCUCAAGCACGAUUAAUCCAGAGUCCUAAACCCAAGAGACCCAGAGUGAAGGAGAAGAGCCACAAAUCCGAAGACAAUAUAAAUGUAACGCUCUAUGAACCAGAAGAAGAAGAAGAAGAAGAAGAAAGUGUUGAAAACGAGAGCAAUUCUACUGUAACUGAAGAAACUGGAGAAGUUGAUGAAUCUUCAACAUGUUCUUGUUUUGCAGGAGACUCGAGAACAAGCCUCGAUUAUAUAGCAGAAGGUUCAAGAAGUGAGGAAAAUCCACCUCCAAUAGUUCCACCACUUCAGCUCCCUCGGGAAGAAUCUCCUCUUUCUUUUCCUAUAAAUGCAUCAAGAGAGCCCAGAGCAUAUCAAAAAUGUAAUCCAACGUUUGAUACAAGAAUCUCCGAUAGAAUAAAGCACAGAACUGGUUUUUACAACAACAAAAGUCCGAAUCCAACGCAAAUACCAGAAGUAGAAACCCGUUCUAAUGCAAGGGACUUGAACCAAUCCAAAACAAAGCGAAAUGAUUGUACUUGUUGCUGUAAACGUCGAAGCAAAAGCCCUCGGAAGAGGAUAUUGAAGCAAGAUAAGCAAGUAGCAACAGAUUUCAAGGAGAAUCACGGAACCCAAACUUCCGAAAUUUUCUUACCCUCUCAUCCAUCAGUUGUAAUAAGAGAUCAGCCAUCAAAGUCUUCUCUACAAGAUUCGGCGCUGUUGGGUAGUAAAGUUAAAGUUUACGAUCAUAAAAAUAGAUUUGUGAGCGAGAAAAGUUUACCUUCUGGUUCGAUGGUGGAAAAAAUCCCUCCGGAAAGCCUCGAGUUGUUAAUCGAUCCUGUUUCCGAAGAUGAUCGACAGGAACUGCAUAGGAAACGAGAAAGAGACGCGCAAAUAAGAGGUAAAAAGGCGUUAGAAAAGGAAAGGUUACAGAAAGAAUACGAAGAAAUGCUCAAAAAGCUCCCAUUGUUACAAAAGAAAGAACGAAUAUGCGAAAUUCGAAACGACAAACCUGAAUAUCACAUGUCCGAAGAGCGAUUAAAGGAAAGAGAACGUGCCAAACAAAAUCACUUGGAAAAAGUUUACAACAAUCUCUUCCCCAAUAUUAAACCAGCCACUGUAACUCUUCCGAAAGUCAACCAACCGAGAAAGGAAAAUUCCAUCGAAAGCGUGUCGGAAACUUCCAUUCGUUCCCUGAACGUCGCAGAAUGGGACGUGGACAAACCACCGCAUCAGUUUUCUUCACAAGAAGUCCAAGAUAUCAUCAAUGCAUUCACGAGAAUCAACCCGAAAGAUCGAAGAGCCAAGCUAAAAGAUUUACUGAAGACACUAAACAUAAAAAAGGAAGAAUUAUUACAAGCUAUCGUUUCGUUGCCGAAAACCGACAGUCUCGAUGAAUUGAUCAACGAUUUAAAUUCGCUUGACGAUUACGAAGUUAGAGGCAAAUCGAAAUCGCACAAGUCCCCUCGAAAGCGCAGUCGCCGAGAGAAUACCGCCGAUACGUCGUUCGAAAGCAGCCAAGAAGCACCGAACAGCGUUAAAGAGGAAAGCGCCGGUCGUGUUAAUGGAAAAUCGCCUAGAAAAAAGGCUAAAACAAAAAGAAGACCUAACGUUAUUAUCUUACAAAACACCAGCACCCAGACUACACCGAAACCUUCGAAACCUGCUACGGAAGAGACCAAAGCAGCUGACUCGAGUAAAGAAAAAAUUUGUGAUAAAUUACACGUACCUUGUGAUUGUAACAAAGAAAAUCAAAACUCGACUGAUGAUAUGUGUCACAUUUUUAUCAAGCUCAAUGACGAUGAUGUUCCAGAGGUUCAUGUUAAGUCUAAAGAUAAAGAAAGAGCUUCAAAACCUGCUAGUGUUCGAUAUAGCACUGUUGGAACUCAGAUAUCUCCCGAGAAGCAAACGAAAGAUGUUAGAACACAUAAAAAAUUGACGGAACCUAUGAAAUCCCACAGGUACAAAUCGAGGGCUCCCGAUCAAAGAUCGAAUACCACAUCUCGCACGUGGAGGGACGAAUUAAGCAAGAAUUCAAUAUCCACCACCAGUACUUCUUAUAUGAGUCCACCGGAUUUUCAAAAUACGAAAAAACCGAAUUUAAGAUCGAAACCGCACCAAGAAACGUUAUCUUCUGCUUACAGUUCUUACUCGAGACAAGAACAGUCUACAGAUCCUAUAAAAUCGUACGUUAAACAUCUAUUGAGCAUGUCGAAGGGCGCUGUAGAUAAUCUGAGCAUAUCGACAAGCAAUGUGGACACGCCUAGCCAAAGUAUAAUCGAAAUGGAAAGCAACGUUCCCAAGUACGAUUUGAAGCAACUGGUGGAAACUUUUAAAGGCAAAAUCGAAGAAAUAGAAACUCGUUUGAAACAUCCAACAGCUAUCAACGCGUCUUCUUUCAACACCACCGGUUCCACCGUAGAUUCUUGCAAUGACCAAACCUGCCGUCCUACAGCACCUGUCGCUAUCAACGACGAAUUGGUGAACAAGUACGCGGAAAUCUCCGAUUCCGUUGCCAAGAGAAUCGAAGCCCUGACUAAAAUGAUCGAGAAUUUGCGACACGAGAAAACCAAGAUACUCAGAGACACCAAAACCGCGGAUUUUUCAACGGCUUACAUGGAUCUACCGGAACCUAAAUCCAGUAGCUCGACCACGAGCUCGAGUAAAAGCAGUAGCCUCGACGAUGAGGACGUGGGUAGAAGGCUCGUAGAAAUCGAUCAAAGCGAUUUAGAUAGAUUAGAACAGUUAAGAGGCAAUUCUAACGAAUGUGAUGGCCCAUCGAAUCGAGGUGCAAGGCACCUAAACGAGACUAACGAAGAGAUUUUGAGCAGAUUGCAGCGCUUGAAAGAGCACGAACAGCCAUCUACCUCGAAGGAAGAACAAUCUUUUGUGCCUAUUUUGUCGGACAUUCCGAGAUUGCCGAAAUUCGAGCCGCAAAACGAAGCGAACGCAACCCACAGGCGUCCACCGCCUUCCAAAGGUUUAGCGGCCGCUAAAAAAUUCAACGGUAACAUCUCGUUGAAUCCCCACGAAUUGUCCACGAUCGUCGAAGCCGAUAGCCAGCUGUCCACGAAACUUCCCUCUCCCGAGACGUCCGGCAACAAUUUGAACGCUCCUCUCUUGACCAUUCCGGAAAUCGACUUGGAUUCGGCGAGCGGAAUGGCCAGUUGCAGAGACAAAAGCAAAUCCAGCAGCGGGAAGGAUUACAAAAGCGGCAAGGAUUACUCCACGAGCAAUAAAGAUGAUAGCAUGAAAUCUUGCGAAGAGUUUCCCAGCUCUAUCCUACUACCUUCAUCGUCUUCUUCAUCUGGAAAGAAGAAAACGCGCGAUGAUUCCACAUGUGGUGCAAUCAGUUUUCAACAAUCUUCAUCUUCUAGCGACGACGUAGAGAGUAUCGAAGCUAUGUUGAGAAGCAUAGGAAUGGAAUGGGCUAUACCGACGCUGUACAAGACGCAAGAAGCUCUUGCUUUAGGUUCGAGCAGUUCGAGUUCGCUUGAGUUGAGUAAGAAGAAGGGAGAGGCCGGAAGCGAUAUUAGCCUGAACGAGUAUUUGAAGAAGAAAAUUUUGAAAUUACCAGCGAGCACGUUGAUCUCGGAAACGACGCCUCCGAGUUUCAUAGGCGAUCAAACCGAAUUAUCUGGUAUUCCGGCGUCGAGCGGUGAACACAGCAGACAAAGGACUUCCACGCCUAUUAAUAUCGAUAACUCCAAAACGGGAUUCACCGACUCGGAUUUAUCUUCUAUCAAGCACGACAAGUCCAAUUCGAAAAAUUGAACGGUUAUUAUGUUAUUGAUUGAUUGAUUGGAUUUUAUUUUUAUAUUGUAAUUAAAAAUAUUUUUUAUA